AUGGCAUCAGAGGAGUUCUGUAAAGUAGGAGAUGGGGAGGAGGCCAUGACGAAAAAGGAAGCUCUGAACAUUUUGAGUCAGAUGUCGAAGCCCUUUCCAAACCCCAAGUCUAUGAACAGGACAGUUGCUACCAAAGGACUCCCUUUUUCCUCAAGGGGCAAUUUGAUUAACUUCAUGGAGAAAGAAAGCAUCAAUCUACCGAAGCCGAUGCCAGGGGAGGAAUCUGAAUGCAGCUCCGAUGACACCAGCAUCUCCACCGUCUCGUCCACCUUGUUGAAUCCCAUCAAACUGGCUGUGACCCAUCCCAACAGUAGCUUCUUUGCAGGGCUACUAGAAGGAGAGCUGAACAAACUCAGGAUCUCCCCGGUGGCCAAGGACACAGAAAAAGGGGACCUGGCCCUCUGCCCCCAGCAAUGUGUGUCCCAAAUAUCCCCCGGGGGCCUGCUGGACCUUGACACUGAGCUGGACACAGACACAUCCUCUAUGUCCUCGAAGUCCUCCAUUGUCACGGAUGUGCCAGAGGCACCCUUUAUCUGUGAACACACAGUCAGCGAUUACACAGCCAUGAUUUCCUGGACCUAUGCCUUGGGCAAGCAACCGGUCAGUUUCUACCAGGUCCUGCUGCAGGAGGUGGUCAACAAAGAUGACAAGCCUCUCAAGACAAAGAACUGCCCGUGGAUCUUCCACAAGAUCUUGGGUACCACCGUCAAACUGAUGGAGCUGAAGCCUAACACGAGUUACUGCCUCAUUGUCCGUGCCGUCAACACAGCCGGGGCGGGGAAGUGGUGCAAGCCCUACAAAUUUGCGACUGUUGCCAAUGACCUGAGUAGCUUCCCCGAGAACAACCCCAUCCAGAUCACCGUGAGGCGCAAAGAACCCCAGCGGAAAACAGUGACCAUGACACUGAAUGAGAUGCGGAAGCUGGAAGAUCUGGAAAAAGUAUUUCCCUGCUAAGGGGGAGGGUUCCAGGAUACUGCAGGCCAGGUCAGCCACUGCCCACAGCUGCUAAGCACCCCCCUCCCUAGAUCUAGGCUAGGUCCAGGUCCCUCAUUAAAGAACCGCAGGUCACUCAGCACCCCUAAAUUGUGCUUCAUGCUGUGCAUAGCUUCAGCUGGGCCAUUCGCAUCUACUUUCUGAGCUUCUGCCAGGACCAAGAGUCCAGGUGGGUGGGGGAUGGGAAAGGUGGUGGGGCAAUAAGAUGCCACUACCACCUACUGCCUGGCUCUGCCAGCACCAUCCUCUUUGUUCCCCAUGGGAGGAAGAGACUGGUACUCAGGUUAAAACACACGCCAGGAAAAACAGCAAUGUUGGACAGAGGUAGCGGCAGCCUGCACACUGUCAGCAUCAGACGAGCUCUUGAGGGACAUGGUGCAAAUUACACAAGCUUUGGGGCAGGGUCGAGUUUAAUUCUGGCUCUUCUUGGAUGUGAGGGCAUGGGCAAACCUUAAGCUUCCUGGGCUGUUUCCUUAUAAAAAACAUGGGGACAUGAGACCAUUUCAGGCAUGGCCACAGGGUUACUGAGGAACAGAUUAGAAAUGCUAUGGCCCUGAGCAGUCCACAUAAGGGCGGUUUAGAAGUUCAACCUCAGUUGAUCCGCCUUAGUGCUGAACAGGAGAAUGUGGAGGCAGGAUGCAUGGAGGGUAAGAUCUUGGUAUAGGGUUUGUGGACGUCCUGAUGGGGAGCCCUUCACAACGUCAAAUCCUUAUGGGAC